AUGAAGCAAAUAUCAUACACUAGACCCGGCAAAAGCCUAGUGGUCUAACACUUUUUACUGUAUACUAACCAUUUUUAUAGUAUACAUUCAUAGCAUCUCAGGCAUACACACCAUGGGUAGAGAUAAAUAAGAAAGGAUUUAGACUGACAUUUUUAAAUCAUAACAUGGUGUAAUUUUAUUGUAAUUAUAUUGUAUUCAUUUAUAUACAUAUAUUCAACAUCCUAUUUGAUUGGAGUUAGAUACUCCUUAAGACUUUUACACACUUGUUUAGCAAUAAAGACCAAUAGAUUUAGAAAGACAAGCACCCUCAGUGAUAAAGAGGAAGUGUGUGCUGUUUAGUAUACAAUACGUGACUAGAGUCAGCGCCUGUAAGUGUCAAACCACAAAACUAUAACCCACCCACUCCAACAUUCAGACAAUAAUGUUUUCUUUUGAGAAAUGGAAGGGUACUUGCGCCUGUUACCCCUGUCUACCCACAUCCAUUUGCAUUUCGUUUCAAUUUUGAGCCUGAUCGGGGUUUCACAACUGUUCUGAAGUUCUAAGCUGUAAGAAAAGGAAAGCCAUCUGUGCACAACGGAAAUGGCACUUACCUGCAGUCUGGUGUCGAAUGUGUCUGAUGUGGCCCAUGUAACAUUCCAGCGCGUGGCCUACACACCUGUGUUCAUUUUAGGCCUCGUCCUGAAUGCCUCAGCAUUGUGGUGCUUCACGCGCAUCCCCCAGUGGACGGAAACUCACAUCUACAUGCUUAACCUCCUGCUAGCAGACCUCUUACUGACCCUUUUCCUGCCUGUCCGCAUAUUCGAGACCUACUGCCCCAUGUCCCCAGGGAUGUUUUGUACAUUUCUGAUCUGUGUGCAUUACUGCAAUAUGUAUGUUAGCAUUUUCACAAUCACAGCCAUCAGCAUCCAUCGUUACGUGGCCGUCAUGUUCCCUAUGCAAAAACAACCCUCAAGGGCCUCAGAGGCCAGGAGAAAGAAGAUAGCAAGCGGGACAUGUGCUUUUAUUUGGCUUGCAGUAAUAACAAUCUGCACAAUUUUUUCAAGAAAUAUGCUUCCAGACCAGCUGCUGACAUGCUAUUCGCGCAAACCUUAUAAAAAGAUGACCUUAGCGUUCUUAUUGGUUUUGGAGAUUCUUGGGUAUCUUCUGCCGAUAGUCAUCAUCACAACCUGUUCAACGCAAGCAAUCAGGACAAUUCUAAAGUCAUUAAAGAAAAUCCAUCAGCACUCAGAGGAUGAAAUUGUCGACAGCAGAAAAAGUGUUGUUGCCAUAAUCACAGCAAACAUGAUUGUAUUCAUGGUGUGCUUUACCCCGAUCCAUCUUGGUUAUGUGUUCAGAUACAUUUUUGGUCAUACAUUUCAUGUUUUUUAUGAUGUCGCUGAGUGUUUAGCAACAACAAACUGCUGCCUAGAUUCUGUGGGAUAUUACUUUUUGUUAAAAAAAAUUUUCAGAGACAAAAGAUAGUACGGGGGCCUAGUUUGAUAAUAAUAAUAUAUAUAUAUAUAUAUAUAUAUAUUUGGUCUUUCGGCUGCUCCUGGCGAGGGGUCACCACAGCAGACACGUGGUCCGCACAUACAA